AUGGUCUCCUCGACGCCCCACCUCUUCCCCCCUUUUCGCGCGGACCACAUCGGCUCGCUCAAGCGUCCCGCGAAGCUCCUCGCAAAGCGCAAGGAGCGCGACGAUGGCAAGCUCACCACGGAAGAGCUGAAGGCGGUCGAGGAUGAGUCGAUCGCCGCUAUUGUUGAGAUGCAGAGGGAGGCUGGCAUCAAGUCGAUCACCGACGGUGAAUUCAGGAGACAUAUGUUCUACGAUGGUGUCUUCGACAAUCUGGACGGCAUGAAGUACAUCCCCGUCGUACCGAUCGACUGGUUCAUGGACUACGUCCCCGACAUCGAUGCGUUCAAGAAGCAGAACUUCAAGGGUGCUGCGUCCUACAUCUGCGAGUCGAAGCUCAAGCGAACCAAGCCCUUCUAUGUCAGCCAGUACGAGGCUCUGAAGGCUUUGACGAAGCCAGAGGAGCACAAGAAUCUGAAGAUCACGAUGUGCGCUCCGGAAUGGUUCCACCUCCGCCAUGGGCCCUAUGCCUACCCGAAGUCUGUCUACUCGACUGAUGACGAGUACUUCGCGGACGUCGUCCAGGCAUACCGCGAGGAGAUCCAGGAUCUGUACAAGUUGGGUUGCCGCAACAUCCAGUUCGACGACCCUCUGCUCGCGUACUUCUGCUCCGAGAAGAUGCUGAAGGGCAUGGAGGAACGCGGCGUGGACCACAAAGCGCUGCUCGCUCUCUACGUCAAGGUCUACAACGACAUCCUCAAGGGUCACCCUGAGGACAUCACGCUCGGUAUCCACUUGUGCCGCGGAAACUUCAGGGAUGGACGUCACUUCAGUGAGGGCGGCUACGAUAACAUCGCUAUCAGCCUCUUCCGGGACAUCGCCGCAGAUACCUACUACCUGGAGUACGAGACCGAGCGUGCGGGUACGUUCGAGCCUCUCCGCUGGCUGCCGCGCAACAAGUCGGUCGUGCUCGGCAUCAUCUCGAGCAAGUUCCCGAAGAUGGAGGACAAGGACGAGCUCGUGAAGAAGGUGCACGCCGCUGCUGAGGUCAUCGCGAACGGCGAAGAGAAGCGCUCCAAGGAGGAGGCGUUGAACCAGAUUUGCAUCAGCCCGCAGUGCGGCUUCGCGUCGCACGCGGACGGGAACCCCGUCACGGAGGAGGACGUCGUGAAGAAGCUCCGCCUGGUUGUCGACACCGCUAAGGCGAUCUGGCCCGACGUCUAA